CGGCCUCCGUCCCGCCCUUCCCGGGAUUUAGUCCCGGCAGCCUGGGCGGCUCCGCAGCCGCCGCUUCCGCCUUCGCCAGACAUGCUCCCCGAGGCGGACUCCCUUUGGCUGCUGCGGCUGCUCCGGGACAUCCAGCUGGCCGAGUUUUACCGACCCAUCCUUGAGGCGCUUAAUGUGACCCGACCAGAGCACUUCGACUUUGUAAGACCCGAGGAUCUGGAUGGCAUUGGCAUGGGCCGGCCUGCCCAGCGCAGGCUGGUUGAAGCCCUGAAGAGGCACCGUUCCGGGCUCAAGUCUAAGAACUGGGUCUAUAAGAUCCUUGGAGGUUUUGCCCCUGGGCAGAAGGAGAGCACCCCACCCUCAGACAGCCCUCCAUCCCUCCCUGAGCCCGAAGGGGGACUCAAGUGUCUGAUCCCAGAUGGUGCCGUGUGCAGAGGGGAGCUUCUGGGCUCCGGCUGCUUUGGCGUGGUGCACCGGGGGCUGUGGACCCUGCCCAGUGGCCAGAGUAUCCCAGUGGCUGUCAAGUCCCUCCGGGUGGGUCCCGAAGGCCCCGAGGGCACCGAGCUAGGGGACUUCCUGCGAGAGGUGUCCGUCAUGAUGAACUUGGAGCACCCACACGUGCUGCGUCUGCAUGGCCUGGUACUGGGCCAGCCUCUGCAGAUGGUGAUGGAGCUGGCACCCCUGGGCUCCCUGCACACGCGCCUGACCGCCCCGGCCCCCACGCCCCCGCUGCCCGUGGCCCUGCUCUGCCUCUUCCUGCGGCAGGUGGCAGGGGCCAUGGCGUACCUGGGGGCCCGCGGGCUGGUGCACCGAGACCUUGCCACGCGCAACCUGCUGCUGGCCUCACCGCGCACGGUCAAGGUGGCUGACUUUGGGCUGGUGCGGCCGCUGGGCGGCGCCGGGGGCCGCUACGUCAUGGGCGGGCCCCGCCGCAUCCCCUUUGCCUGGUGUGCGCCAGAGAGCCUGCGCCACGGGGCCUUCUCUUCUGCCUCGGACGUGUGGAUGUUUGGGGUGACGCUGUGGGAGAUGUUCUCCGGAGGCGAGGAGCCCUGGGCGGGGGUCCCGCCGUACCUCAUCCUGCAGCGGCUGGAGAAGGACCGAGCCCGCCUGCCUAGGCCUCCCCUCUGCUCCAGGGCCCUCUACGCCCUCGCCUUGCGCUGCUGGGCCCCCCACCCUGCGGACCGGCCCAGCUUUUCCAACCUAGAGGGGCUGCUCCAAGAGGCCUGGCCUCCUGAGGGACGUUGUGUGAGGGAUGUCACAGAGCCAGGUGCCCUGAGGAUGGAGCCUGGUGACCCCAUCACUAUCAUCGAGGGCAGCCCCGACUCCACCACCUGGAAGGGCCAGAACGGUCGCACAUUCAAAAUGGGCAACUUCCCAGCCUCGGCAGUGACGCUGGUAGACUCAGGGGGCUCGCCAGCCAGCCGUCCGCUCCCCAGAGGCGCCCCUGCCCGAGGAGAGCACCACCAGGGAAACAUCAGUGGGGACAGAGCGAAGGCAAAGCUUCGGGAUCCCCCUCCAGCUCAAGGCCAGAGAAGGAACAUAGCCCUGCAGAGGUCGAAAGGCAUUUCCAAGAGCCUGGAGUCAGUUCUGUCCCUGGGCCCCCGCCCCACAGGAGGGGGGUCCAGCCCCCCUGAACUUCGACAUGCCAGAAUGGGGCCCCAGGGUGCCCCGGGCCUGCCACCCCGCCCUCCCGUUGCCGCCAGCUCGUCUUCCCAGCCCAGCCAGCCUCCCAGGGAGCGGCCUCCCUGGCCCAAAAGAGAACUCCCCCACAGUCAGCCCACAGGAGCGCCGGGGGCCAGCAAAGCCACUGUCCCCUCCAGAGGACCCCUGCCCGACUUCGAGCUGCAGAGGAGGAUUACAGAGGUGGAGCUGAGCGUGCAUGGAGUCACCCACCAGGAGUGCCAGGAGGCCCUGAGAGCCACUGGGGGAGAUGUGGUGGCCGCCAUCCGGAACCUCAAGGUGGACCAGCUCUUCUACCUCAGCAGCUGGUCCAGAGCAGACUGCCGGCGCAUCCUGGAGCGCUACCAGUGGGACCUCUCAGCUGCCAGCCGCUACGUCCUGGCCCGGUCUUGAGCUCUGCUCCUUUGGGCAUGGCCACCAGAGGGCCCGAAGGCCUGGCCACGUGGGACCAAGCAGAACUGGAAUGCGGUCCCCCCGGGGCAUUUUCCCAAUGGGGAGAGCCUGCCGUAGGCAGGUACAGGAGGAGCCCAGCACCGGGCACUGGGAGCGUCCCCUCACCCUGCCGCCUGGCCUCCGAGGCCGCCGGCUCCCCUGGCUGGGCCACAGCAGGAGGUGGUCCUUGCUACACAGGCCCGCCCAAGAGGCGGGCUGGCAGGAACAGAGCUGCUAAACCUCACACCGUAGGAAGCUUCUGUCGCUACAGAGAACGAGCAAGUGGCCAUACCGGGCCGUGGGAGCAGCCAUCCUGAACCGCCAUCAGCUCCCACCCUGGGCUCUGUGGGAGCAGCCAUACUGACCGGGGCACAUGGCUCCAACUGCCCCAGCUUCGUCUGGGGCCAUCGUGGAUGAUGACAGUGGCCCUCUUAGACUCAAGGACACUUGAUCCUGGCAGCCUGGAUGGUGAAAUGGGUCAGCGCCUGCCCAGCCCAGCGGUCACAUUUCCCUUUGUUUCUUCCCACACCAACUCUUUCUCCUACCCUCUCCCAGGACAUACACCUUCCAGUGUCCAAAAAGUUACAAAGUUUAUAUGAACAUAA